GUCAGCUGUGUGUUGGAGAACCCUGGCGACACAGCUGAGGAGACCUAGAGCAGCAAAGAGCCGAAGCUGGGCGGGACUGGAGUAGAAAAAUCAGUGAGGAGGAACUUAAUCAUAAGAAUUACAACCCUCCCAAGGUAGUCAUCGGAGUUACUGGGAGUGGCUUCACAAACUGGGAAUCGGCAGCAGGAGAGUGACAGGAAAAGACAACCGCAGGGCAGGGGAAGUGGUGUCAUUCAGGAAGUGGGGAUUGGAGGCCUGCUGGCUGGUAACUGAACAUGGCAGGGGAUGUGAAAAGAUUCUCACGGAUGCUGCUGGAGUGCAAUAGCAACGACAAGCUAUGUGUUGUGCGUGAAUAUCAAACAGAAGUGAUUGUUGUCCCAGUUCUCCUGGUGGGAGGUUUUGUCAUCGUGCUCACUGUGAUCCUUUGGCUGCACUGCCGUGGCCUGCGAGCAAAGCAGGAGCAAUCAGCACCAGCUGGAACCCAAGUGAAGAGAAAGAAUCAGCAGGAACCCUGCUCAACAGAGAAUCGCUACAUCCAGCUGAGUGAGACAUCUGUGGAGAGCCUGCUAAAUUCUGCAUCCUUGACUCUGAAAGAAUUAGAGAUACCACGAGAGAAACUCCUACCAGACACCUUGCAGCUGAUAAAACUUGGUGCCUUUGGGAGCACCUACAGAGCACAGUUGGAAACUGAGAGCUCUGGGAAGACUAAGACUGUGGUACUGAAAGCCUUGCAAGACCCAGCUAGUUCCCAGAAAGUAAAGGAUUUCUUGGGAAGGAUUAAAUUCCAUCAAAAUCUUGGCCAUCAUGAGAAUCUGGUUGAAUUGGUGGGAUGUAGUGUAGACCAGCUCCCACUUUAUAUGAUAAUGGAAAAUAUGUCUCUCGGUGACCUGCUGACAUUUCUGUGGACAUGUCGGAAGGAUGUAAUGGCAAUGGAUGGUGUCCCCUAUGACCUCACUGAGAGGCAGGUAUAUGAGGUUGGACAGCAGGUUGCAGCAGCUCUGGCUUAUCUUGAAGAAAAAAACUUGUUCCAUGGUGACAUUGCUGCCAGGAAUGUCCUUCUUCAUCACAACUUCACUGCUAAGCUCUGUGGUUUGGGCCUGGCCUACGAAACUCACACACAUGGUGCCAGCUCAGUGGCACGGAAAGUGCCUGUCAAGUGGCAGGCACCAGAGAGGCUCCUGAGCAAACCGCCUACAAUCAAGGCAGACAUAUGGUCUUUUGGAAUUCUACUGUAUGAAAUGAUUACAUUAGGUGCUCCACCAUAUCCUGAGGUGCCACCUUCUGACAUUUUAUCAUACCUGCAGAAACAGAACAUUAUGAAGCAGCCCUCAAGCUGCCAGCAAGCCAUGUACUGCAUCAUGAAGUCCUGCUGGCAGUGGAGUGCAGCUCACCGACCUUCCCCAGCACAGCUCUUGUGCUCCCUGAAAACAGCUGUGAAGACCAGCAAUGGGCACACAGUGCUGCAGGUGCCUGAGCCAGUGGUGCCUGAACUCUAUGCUGAUGUUGCUGGUGUUGAUGUGCACAGCCUGGUGAGGGAAUACACGAUCCUCUGAAGGGUCCUUUCAAAUUUUGGUAAAGGAGAAAGAAAUCUCAGAGUUUUCCCAUUCUAAAUAUUUUGCAAACUCAGAACGAGGUGCGUAUGUUGGAAGGGAUCCUUUUGUUCUUCAGACAUCUAUAAAAUCUCCAUGCCAGACAGAAGAAACUGUUAUCAUUAUCCUUAAAUCAAGCUGUUGGUAUCAUUCUGCCGGUGGUCAUUUGGGAGUAAAGUGUGCUUAGGAAGCUGUAGAAAAUGUAAUGAGAAACUUGAGUUCAAGGAGUGUUAGGUUUGUGUGGUAAGGUUAUGGUGAUUGGGUGGACUGCAGAGGUGACUUCUGUGAGAAGAUGCCAGAAGCUUCCCCCAGCUCCACGAUGGACCUGCUGCUAGUCAAAGCGGAGCCCUUCAGCAACACUGGUAACACCUCUGUGGUUACAUAUUUAAGAAAGUGUAAAAGAUACUGCACAACAGCAGGUGAAAGAGAGGAGUGUGAAUGUGAGAGGAACAGCUCUGCAAACACCCAGAGCAGAGCAGAAGAAGGGGCAGGAGCUGCUCCAGAGCUGGGAUUUCCCUGAGAUUCUGUGGUGCAGCCCACAGAGGUGGCUGAGCCCCUGCAGCCCCCAGAGGGCAGGGUGUGCAGAGAUCCACCUGCAGCCCCUGGAGGAGCCCACACCAGAGCAGGGGGAUGUCUGAAGGAGGCUGUGACUCCAAGAGGAGCCUGUGCUGGAGCAGAAUCUGUCCUGGCAGAAUCUGUGGAGAGAGGAGCUCUCACUGGAGAAGGACUGCACCUCAUGGAAGGGGAUUAUGCUGGAGCACUUCAUGAAAAACAUCUCUUGGGAAGAACUCAAGUUGGAGAAAUUCCUGAAGGACCGACCCACUUUCCUUUGGAGGGACUCCACUCUGGAGCAGGGAAAGAGCGUGAGGAGUCCUUCCCUUGAGGAGGAAGGAGCAGCAGAGAUAAUGUGAGAUGAACUCACCACAACUCCCAUUCUCCCUGCUGGAUGAAAAGAGGUAGAGAAAUUGGGAAUGAAGCUGGGCCUGGGAAGAAGGGAGGGGGAUGGAGGAAGGUGCUGCAAGAUUUGGUUUUAUUUCUCAUUAUACUUCCUAAUUUGA